AUGACGGGUGACCGGAGAUGGGUUUCUCGAACGAUUUUCUAUGAUUUCGUGAUUAUCGGUGAUUGUUUUGGGGAAAUGGUGGUCGGGGUUGGGGUCGCCAUCGCUGACCGGAUACAGGUGAACAACGGUGACAGUGGUCUGAGAGACUGGAAGCUUCUGGGAGAAGCUUUCUCACAUGGAAAGGUUGAAUCAAUCAAACAAAAGGGGUCUGAGGGGAAAAUUCCAACUCCACCACCCUUGUUGCAGUGGUACGAUGCUUCAUUGAACAACUUAGUUGGAGAAAUCCCUACCUCAAUAUGCAAUUUGAGUUCCCUCAAUGUUCUCGAUUUUAUGGGGAAUAAUUUGCAUGGAACAAUUCCGGAGUGCAUUGGAAACUUGAGUUCUUCUCUGUCACACUUUGAUCUGCAGGAUAAUAAUAUUCAUGGUAAAAUACCCGGAAAUUUUGUUAAACGUUGCAAGUUGCAAAGUUUUCGGAUCAGCAACAACCACGUAGAAGGGCCAUUGCCCCGAUCUUUGGGUGAUUGCAAAGAUUUGUACCUUCUUGACGUUGGGAAAAACAAGUUGAAUGACACUUUCCCAAUUUGGUUAGGAAAUUUGGAUCAAUUACAAGUUCUCAUCUUGAGAUCGAAUAGAUUUUAUGGACAAGUGAAAAGCUCAGAUGUUGCAGUUUCCUUCCCUGGUUUGCACGUCAUUGAUAUCUCUCAUAAUAACUUCAAUGGCUACUUACCUACCAAACUUUUUGAAAGUUUGCAUGCCAUCAAAGAAAGGAAUGGAAAGAAAGUUAAACCAGAGUACAUGAAAGAUGAAUUGGCUGGUGGAAAAGUGUAUUAUGUGCAAGGUUUAUCUUUUACAAUGAAAGGGUUCGAAGUAGAGUUUAAAGCACUAUUGACCAGCUGGAUGGUAAUUGACUUUUCCAACAAUCAAUUCUUGGGAGAAAUUCCUAAAACAAUUGGUGAGCUUCAUUCUCUUAUUGUCCUGAACCUCUCUCACAAUUGUUUGAAGGGUUCUAUCCCACUAUCAUUUGGUGAUUUGUCAGAACUUGAAUCAUUAGAUCUCUCAUCAAACAAGCUCCGGGGGAAGAUUCCAAUGGAGUCAAGUAAUCUUGGAUUCUUGGAGGUGUUAAACCUUUCUCAUAAUAGUCUCGUGGGACCUAUUCCUCAAGGUAAACAAUUUGAUACUUUUACCAAUGAUUCCUACAUAGGAAACUUGAACUUAUGCGGGUUGCCAUUAUCAAAAAGUUGUGACAAUGAUGAGGGAACUCCAGCUAAAUUUGAUAGAGACAAUGAUGAUGAUGAUGGAUUGAAUUGGAAAUUUUCUAUACUGAUGGGGUAUGGAUGUGGCUUGGUGUUGGGAAUGAGCAUGGGAUACAUUGCAUUCACAACAGGUAAACCAUGGUGGUUCAUUAAGAUCUACUUGAGAGUUCAGCAAAGAUUUACAAAAUGGUAUAGAAAUAAACUCUUUCGCUGAUUCCUUUGCCAAAAAUAAGAGGCCUUGGACAGAGUAUAAAACUUCAUUUCUCGGUGGUAGGUAUUGUUAUCUAU